AUGGGUCAGUCAGAGGGGCUAGAGAGCAGGAGUGGCAUAAACAGCCCUGACCCCCUGGUACGAGAAGCCUAUCUGAUGUUACAUGACUAUAUCAACUAUGUGAUCGCAGGGCCCGACGGCCACAUAGACCCACCCCCUACUGCCACAGCAGCAGCCCUGCGCCAUGCUGGGGACGAGCUGCUCAUUAGGUUCCCCAUCUUCUUCAGGCGCUGGCCACGCGUCUUCCAGGAUGUGACUGAGGCCACAGCCUGCCCCAUGCUCACUGCCAUCCUGGAUGAGCACUUUGCCACCACCACCCCCGGGGGGCGCCGACGAGACCUGGCCUGGAGUGCAGUGCUGUCGGUGUAUGUGCUGGCUGGCCAGAUGGCCCUGCACUGCCACGAGAGGGGCAUGGGGGGAAUUCUGCCCCAGCUUAAGGAGUGUGUGGGGGUUUACGUGGAGAGGGUCAUCUGUCCAGAGAUUAGGGACAAGGGUGGAUGGGUAAGUUCACUGGUCAAGGUUCUUUGCUGGCAUAGUAUGACUAAGGCCUAGAUUCAAUCAGAUCAAGCGUUAACCAGCGAUAGCAGACAGCCACAUAACGGAUGUUUUGGCAGUCGUUGGAGCCGUCGAAUCGGCGAGGAGCUGCUCUUGCAAUCAUUGUCACGAAGCCACACCCGCCCCACUCCCUUUAGAAGUUCAGAACGAGAAAGUGUAAGCUAUAUAGGAAUAAUUACACUCAAAUUGAAACAUAAUUAAAUGAAAUAAUGAUGAUUUCUAUCAUCCUAAUGGAGGUGUAGAUUACAUCUCACAUUCCAGUGUUCCAACUUGUAAACAAGGCUGUAUGGGAUUUAUAUUAAUGCGACUCUGUGCAGCAAAUGGCAAUGUCCGCUUUAGGUAUAAUGCCAGGAGCUGCUUGUGAACCGCUUUAAGGAUGUCGGAAAAAGCAGAUCUGAUUGAAUAGAGCACUAGACUACAGUUUAAAAUGUGGUUAGGUUGUCCUGUUGUUGUUGUGAAUCUUAAAUUAUGUUUAAUUCCUGGGAUCUAAUCAUGUUUUCUGUUGUUGGCAGACAGGCUUUGUGUCCCGCUUUGGGCAGAAGCAGGACUUGGAGGGCCAGGUGAAGAAGGUAUGUUGCUGGACUCUACUGCUAUUGGUCACCAGUAUCCUGUCCUAUUUCCUGUUGGAAACGAAUAAUAUCUUCAACAACACCCCGACCUGGUGACUAAAAUCAGAUAGCUCCAAAAGUCUGCUUUGUGAAUAAAUAUUUUCCCAAAGCAUCUCUUUUCCAAUUGUAUCUCAAUGUCCCACUAUUGCCUAUUUUAAACCAUUGAGGUGUGUAAUAACAAAGAGUUUUGUAACAAUACAUCAACAAUGCACAACUUACAUACAUUCACAUGAUGUGUAUCAUACUGUGUAACUUAAAACCUCUGAAUCAUGCUGGUAGAAACAUUACAUCAGUAAUAAUGUGUCAGAGGGCAAGAUGAACAAGUCAGACAGCGAUAAUAUUGCCUGCCAGGCAGUUAUGGGACUUUGCUCUAGACAUUGACAUAUAACAGUUUCAGGGCUCAACAAACAUACAAUAGGCUCCCAGUAUUAACCAGCCAGCUAGUUUACAACUGAAUCAUAAUUCAGUAGAGAUAAGCUUUUCACUGUGUCAGGUGUCAGCCAAGGAUAUUUGCACAAUUGAAACAGAAAAUGCCCCAUCCAGCAGGGUUUAUUUUUUUUAAAAAUGAAAAUUCCCCAUCCAGAUUUUUUCCC